AUGAAUUCCUUCGCCGUAGUCAAAGUGGUCGCCACGAUGAUCUUGUUCGGACUUUUCACUCCGACUGCGGUCGCAGUAGUUACCAAGUGUUACGAAUGCAAGGAAGAUCAAAUAUCUACAUGUGGACAGUCCCAGGCAACCGAACUCACGGCAACUACACCAGUUACUUGUCUGGAACCGGCCGCUACAACGAAAUGUUACGAGAUUGUAGUAAAAGAAACUGGCAAGGAUGAUGCUGUCGGCGUAUUGCGCGGCUGCACGAACGAUGCUGCAUGUGGUGUACUAACUAAACACGAAUUGUUCAAGGACACCGAAUGCGUUCCUUGCGACGCCGACGACUGUAACAAUUCUAAAUUCUUCCAAUUAUCCGACAAAGCUCCAGGCAGCGGGACGGGCAACGGGACAGGCAACGGCACCACGACAGACAACGGUCAACCGUCGUUCGUAGGUUCUGCCGUUCUGUGCGCCCUUUUAUCGUCCCUGGCCGUGGCCAAGAUGUAUUUCGGCGCAAUGUGA